AUGAUUUCAAGAUUAGGAUUAAGAUCUUCAAGACUCGUGUUUCAAGCAAACAGGGGUGCUUGUAUCAAUAAUUCAUCAAGAAUCUGCCUCACAAGAACCUAUGCUUCUGCCAGCAGCACUAAAGCAACAAUCUACGAUCAAACCAAUGGCCAAACUAUUGAAUUGGCAGAUCCAGAACAUCCAGAAUUUGCCGAUUACAAGAAUCCAGAAUUUGUUUUGAAACAAACAUUGAGUCCAUAUGCCAAGUAUGAUGAUCCACAGAAUAGAAGAAACAAAAACGACCCUAUGCAUACUGAUGAAGAUUUGUUAGAUAUGUGGUCUCCUGAUUACUAUGAUUAUGUUUCUGACUCCACUGCUUUGAAGCAUAAUGCUGUCUUCUUUGGUUUAAUUUUUGGUGUUGCCAGUAUCAUUUACUACUUCCAAUUAUACCCAGAAAAGCCAGCCAUGAUUAGAUCUUUCCCAUACAAUGGUUUGGCUGACUCUUUAGGUUCUACUUCCAAAGAAGCCGCUCCAUUCUAUCAAAACAAACCAGAUUUAACUGCGGAAAGCGAAUGUGGUGUUUUGCCAGCAGACAAUGACAUUGUUAGCAAUCAAAAACUUUAUGAAACAGAAAAUGCCGAUUUUAUCAAAUCGGGUUCUGCUUAA